UCAUAACUUGAGAGAUCAGUUCCGCGGAGCCCAGGGUUCGAUUCCCUGUACCGGAGAAUGUUUACUUUUUCUUUUUUGCUUUUAUCUACGAUGUUUCGAUCGGUGGAACAUCAUAGGACUGACAGCAUGGCUAUGAGGAAGGUAAGGUAGGCCGGCCUCCCCAACCUGGCUGGAUACGCGGAUAAUGCUGUAGUGCAGGAUGGCUAUUGGUAUAUUGUACACACAAAAGCCGGGCGGGCCGUGUAAAACGCUCCCAGAAAGCAGUAUCAUGGAUGAUCAAGGACAAGGAAAUGCUUGCCAGCUUUACAUCCUACGGAUCUGCUCACCCAUCUUCCUGCGCCUCGAGUGCCAUGGUGAUAUCUCCUCGGUUGUCUCUUUCGACAUUGGCAGACCAAGCUUGACAAGAGUCUCCAGCAACAGAGCUGACCCUUCUCGCCCGUCUUCUCUCCCUAUCCAAAUUGUUGGUGGCACUCACGGAUAUCCCAUUGACAUCCGUCUUUUCCGAGCCCAAGACUACAAGGAUGACACCAACCGAGAUCAUGCCCUCAUGUACGAUAUCAUUCUCCUCGACACCUUCUCGUGAUCAUUGAUGUGGGUUUAACCGUAUCAAAAGUCCUCCGAAUACCUUGGCACAUCCAUCAAUGCCUGACUCGACAAGAACAUUACCCAAAACUCACUCUUUCUAGCCGAGUGUUACUCAAGACCUACCUUGAUGCUGCUUUUGCGUCUGUUUGUCUCACAUUGCCGGAGUAGACAAGUCUACGGACAUAAUAGACCAAAAAAGGAGAAAAGACCGCCUUCGUUCUUGGACGAAUACGUUAGAAUGAAACGCCACAACCUGUCACCUUGCUCGCCUCCGUGUUUUGACGGUUCGACAACAUCACUGGAUGGUUGGCACACUUACACCCUUCUCCAAACUGAUCAACAUCACCAGCCACAAGUUCCCUCACUGCAACACCAACAUUCUCCAACCUUCGCCACAACGUCUCCUCCGCAGUGGAGAGAACACGGCUCGUCACGCGUCCGGCCAGAGGGUCUUUGACCUCACCUCACCGGCCCGUCCCAUUCGUCAGUGCUGAUACGAGGCCGGGCUUAAGACAUGCGCCAGGCAAGAAGGUCAUCCGAAGAGGAGCAAGGUAUGCCAUUGGGUUUUGUCAUGAGAGUGUCAGCAAACGAGGCUCUGGGCGCUGUGCUAGUCAUGAAGCGCAUGACUGGUGCUAUCAUAGACCUUGGAAGAGCCCGUCAGGCGCUCUAGAGUGUCGGAGUUGAUGACAGAAAAGUGCUUUGUCGUGAUUCCAUAAGAAUGGUGUCAUAUCAUGCUUUGAGGGCCGGUAUGGUUUUCACGAGUAACAUUAGAUGAUAGAGUGAAGCAUGGUUGUAGCGAUCCGGUUCCUUCGGGCCCUGCUGUAACCAUCAACGUGAACAGGAAGUUGUGUUGCAAAUGAUGAUUUCUUGCAGAAACUAGACGUAGUGGCCGUUGCGAUCGUCCUCAGGGUCUCUGCAGCAGGGAAUACAGACGAUGAAAUGUCACAACGCCGGAGACUUUUGACCGGACUGUGUACUCCUGUUGCCAAGUUCAUCAGGAUUCAAAACAAUUCAGGCUUGGCGAUACAGACGCAACGCGUCCGAGGGGGCGAUAAACACCAAAGAGUCGUGAUCAUGGUGGGGGAGCAAGACUGAUGACGCCGCCGGGAUUGAGUCGGAUGAUGUGGGGCAGGGAUCAUGAGGCUUCUCAAGAUGCUACUAUGUUGCCCAUGUCAAAGAAGAGUCGAUCUCAUCGAAUGUGAGGGUGUAGUGACCAGGAAUCUCCUGGUCUGAAUGGGAGUGGUUGGGCGAUCGAGAAAGCGAGUGCACGGGGACGGGUGGUGUACAUUGAGUGGGUGUCAUUCUGCUUAGCGCAACACUUGCCGAGCGCUUAUUUCGGAUCAUGAAUGAAAGGCUGUAAGAAGUUGACGUCUCGUGGUGUUGGUGUUUAGCGGUGACUCAAGGAGAGACAAAAGCCAGACAGACAAGGUGAACCCAGCUUUGCGGAGAGAGGGGCGGGAACAAGCAGCGUACAUUAGAACAUUCGACAGGGACGCCACUUAUGCGAUGCGAAAGGCUGAAGGUGCCAAAUCUGGGGGCGCCAGCCAAGCCACCAGAGAGUCAAUAAUCUUUCAGGUGCAACAGCCAAUACAUUUGUCCAAGCCUGUCGUGUAUGAUGGACUUGACCAACUGCACAGAGGCUGUGAGUCUGAAGAUCAAAGAAGAGGCAAAUUUCCAUAUCAUGACCCUGGUCUAAAACGUCAGUGCUUCUCGGCAGUUGAUAACCACGAGAGACAAACAUACGGGGUGUUUCGCGAAACCAAAAGCAUCGAUAGGAUAAAAGAUGGGUGUAGGGGGAAUGCGGGAGGAGCGAAUCAAGAAAGGCGCCUUGAUGAGGAUGCUACAGCAUGUAAGAAAACUUAGGACCUCGAUCAUAAGUGACAGAAAUACUGGAGCAAGUCUCGGAUAAUGAGGACAAACUUGGGAGACUCUUUGACUAGUUAUUUCCGCACCCUCAUUGAAGGUCUCAAGUAUUUGUCCACUCUUUGAGGAGGGUCUUGAUUGUGGUGGUGGUGUUGAUGAUCACCCGCCUGAGACAACCAAGGCUGAUGGCUUGACCAAGGACAUCUCGCCCGGUCGUGGCGCAGUAGAAAGUAGUCUCAAAAGUUGGAGAAGGUUGCUCUCCUUUUCUGAUCAAUAAUCGGGUACAGGUUCCUUGAUUAUAGAGGUCUAGAAACUGAUCCCGAGACAGAUGAAGCUCAAGCUUACUGGUUGAGAUCUGCAAGGUCGAAACUCAAAGAAUCCAAUACAAGGCUGUUCCCAUGCACAAUCACCUGCGAACGCCUGCAAAACAUAAGCAUCCAGAGACGAAUCAGCUAAAUUCAGCACUGUAUAAUCAGAGCUGAAGAGGCAAGGAUGUGUGAUGCGAUGGGGCAGUCAAUUGGUCUGAGUGAACGCAGCUGCCACUGAAGAGCAUGUACGUUGGGCAGACAUAGCCAGCCAUCCUGACCUGCGGAAGCUACCCGUACGACGCAUCUGGAGACUAGUGAUAGCUACCAAGGCCUACAGCAGGGAGGUGCCAUAGUUGCCGGAGAGGAUGCGCGGAGACAGCGGCAUCGCGGGAUAUUUGAACAUAGUGGAGAUGGACAAGGCUCGGGAUGGAACGAAACGAGCCGGAGGAUGAGAAGACAGAAAGAACAAAAAAGGUGCGGCUGUAUCAGGGAGGUGUGGAUAGACCGGAGAUAGCAUACGCGGUGAGUCGGUAAUGAGAGGUCAUGUGGGAAAAGUGGUGAUGAUAAACAACGACACUCCAAGCCUCGCUAGAUCCGGCUUUGCCCGGGCGAUGACGAUAAGUGUAUCAUUCUUUCAAAAUAGCCUGAAUGACACUGAGACAAGCAUAGAACAGAGCAUCUCGGUUAUGCGCGUUGUAUCGUAAACAACGUCAGGCCUCAUCGUGAAUGUCUGAUAAUU